AUGUCUAUCCCGAAGGACGACGGAGAGUGGGCUGCUCUGAUUUCUACUAUCAAAGUCUCACUUCCGGAGACUUUCCCGGAAUACCAGACACCAUUACCAUCUGAAGUUAAUCGUACGAUCGAUCACACCCAGCUGGCGUUGGCUGCGACAGAACAGCAGAUCGACCAGCUGUGCGCCGAAGCGCUUCAGUACCAGUUUGCGACUGUCUGCGUCCGCCUGAACCAUGUCCGUCGCGCGGUACAGGAACUCAAGGGAAGUUCCGAUGUGAAGGUGGCUUGCGUUGUGGGAUUCCAUGAGGGCAUGUAUGAAACCUCGGAGAAAGAGCAGGAAGCCCGGGAUGCAGUUGAGCAGGGAGCCGCCGAGCUGGAUAUGGUUCUCAAGUAUCCUCUGCUGAAGGAAGGAAAGUAUACGGAUGUCUACACAGAUAUACUGGGUGUGCGAAAGGCAGCCCCGUCGCCGAUUAGACUGAAGGUCAUCCUGGAGACUUCGCAGCUCACACGCGAGGAGAUUAUUGCGGGGUCUGUCAUUGCGGAUGUGGCUGGUGCUGAUUUUAUCAAGACCAGCACGGGAUUCAAUGGAUCUGGUGCCAACAUUGACAACGUGGCCCUCAUGCGAGCCACUGCGGGUUCGGUAGGCAAUGGAUGCAAGGUUAAGGCUAGCGGAGGAGUGCGAUCAGCGGAGGACUGUAUUCGUAUGCUGAAAACAGGAGCUGAGCGGAUUGGCACUAGUUCCGGGGUGAAAAUCAUGCAGGAAUUGAAAGGAGAGGCAGUUGGCGCCAAAGGUUCCAUAAGGCGGUGGAGACCGACGUCAUCAGCAACCAUCCUCAUCGGUCAAACCAUCUCGGUGUCCAUAAUAACAAACCUGUCGAUUAGUCAAAGGGAUUUUGUGCGAAAUAUUUGCGAUCCAAUGCAAAACACCGAUUCUUAUCCCAUGCUCCCCUCGUUCUCUGCUCCAAGACCCCCUUCAUCCCCUCACCCGCGGCCCACGAUGCGACGUCCCGGCGUUCCCAAGAAACGCAAGACCUCUCAUUAUCACGACCAAACCGAUUAUAAUGGCCAUUCAAGGAAUAUUUUUACCUCGAAGCCUACCGCUGUUUUUACCCCAACUGGUGGCCGAUCGCAUACAUUGACUGUCGCUAUCCCAGGCAGCAUUGUGGCCAAUUCUCAUUCUGUGGAGCAAAAGACUAUUUUGGCUGGUAUCAUCGCACGUGCUCUCGCCGUCUUUUGUGUUGAUGAGGUAGUGGUGUUUGAUGAUGAUGAGAAUAGUCCGCGCGAUGAGUACCACGGCCAGGGAGAUUAUUACGAGUCCCCUAUAGACAAAACGAGUGACGAGCUCAACGGCAAUGACUCCUCCGCUAAACGGUAUACCGGAUACUCGGACCCAUCGCAUUUCCUGGCGCAUAUACUUUCAUACCUCGAGACCCCACCAUAUCUUCGUAAACAUCUCUUUCCGAUGCACCCGAAUCUUCGCGGAGCUGGCUUACUGCCCAGUCUCGAUAUGCCGCACCAUCUUCGUGCCAACGAAUGGUGUGACUACCGUGAAGGAAUUGUGAUAUCGAGUUCCGAUGGUGAGGGGCAGAGGAGGCAUAGUACACAGAUGAGCAACUAUCACCAUAACCGUCGUUAUUCAUCCAGUAGCUCUACUAAUUUUAGUGCUACCGUGGUCGAUACCGGUCUUCCUAAAAAGGUCGUCCUCCCGGACAUCCAGCUGCCUGAAUAUGCCCGUGUAACCGUCCGGUUCUCCGAGCAGGGUCACGAGCACUAUGCGCAGCCCGUACAUCCUUCUACUCCUCGCUCUGAAGCUGGGUACUAUUGGGGCUACUAUGUGCGUCGCUGCCGAUCUUUGUCGUCUGUAUUCACUGAAUGCCCAUUCGACGGUGGUUACGACCUCUCCUUUGGAACUUCUGAGCGAGGCGCCCCAGUCUAUUCGGUUCUAGAGGAAGAACGACAAGAGCAUGAUAAUUAUGACCGGCGGAAAAUCCCCCCGGACUACAAGCACCUCCUUGUUGUGUUCGGUGGUGUAGCAGGGAUCGAAGCGGCAAUUCACAAUGACCCUCAACUAUGCGACAUGGAAAUUCGCCCGACCGAAGCUGGGAAGCUUUUCGAUUACUGGGUCAACCUUCUUCCUGGCCAAGGGAGCAGAACCAUCCGCACCGAGGAGGCCGUUUGGCUGGGCCUGACGAGUCUCCGGGGCUUAGUGGAAGGUACCCAUCGGCCGAGACCAUUGUAUAGAUCGAGCAGCUUUCGUUCUUCGACGAGCUACGAGUAG